AUGCCUAGUAGAACAGAAGCCAAGGGAGUGGAAGCUAUUUCCAGCGAUGGUAAUUUAAGCACGGUUCACGCGCAAACCUCCAGGAAAGGCUUUUGUUCGGUCCAACAUGGGCUGGCCCUCCUUGUGCAUCUCUGCAAUUUUUCGAUUAACUCUCAAAGGAUGAGCCUGAGCAUUGCCAUGCCAGCCAUGGUGAGCAGCAUGGCCCAGCUCAGGCCAAUCAAUGCUUCCACAGGAAGGCCUCCUGUCGACUCCCAGGACGGCUGGAAUGGAACUCUGCAGCAAUCUGAGGCCAUGGCUCCCGUGUAUGACUGGGGUCCUGAAAUUCAGGGGAUCAUUCUCAGCUCGUGCAACUAUGCCUCAUUCUUGGUUCCCAUCCCUACUGGCUACAUCGCUGGAAUAUUUGGAGCCACGUACUUGGUGGGUGUUAACCUGCUUCUUUCCUCAGUCUUGGCCCUCUCGAUUCCAUUGGCUGCUGACGCAGGAGUGCUCUCGAUCACUGUCCUGCGGAUUGCUCAAGGCAUAGCCCAGGUUAUGGUAUUAACAAGCCAGUUUUCACUUUGGGUCAAAUGGGCUCCCCCACUAGAGAAGAAUCAACUCAUCAACAUUGCUAUAUCAGGGCAUUUGAUGGGAUCCUUCAUUACUUUGCUCAUCGGUGGUUUCCUCUACCAGACUAAAGGGUGGCCUUCUAUCUUCUAUAUCUUUUGUGGAAUUGGCUGUGCCUAUUCUUUUCUCUGGUUUCUUCUUGUUUAUGAUGACCCUAUACAUCAUCGGUUUAUCAGUGCUGGAGAGAAGGAAUAUAUUGUGUGUUCACUGGCUCAACAGGGCUGUUCGCCAGGCUAGUCCCAUCCCAUUAAGGCUAUGAUCAAAUCCCUACCACUUUGGGGCAUUUUAGUCUUUCAUUUCACUGAAUUCUGGAUUUUUAAUAUUUUGGUCACAUACCUGCCAACAUACAUCAACUCUGUACUUCAAGCAAACUUCAGAGAUAGUGGAAUCCUGUCAGCCCUGCUGUUAGGUGCUGCCUGUAUCGGCACUAUCCUUGGAGGUCUACUGGUGGAUUUUCUUCACUCCAGAAAAAUCUUCAGACUCAUUACCAUCAGGAAACUCUCCACUGCCAUUGGGGUUCUUGUCCCAUCUGUGGUCUUCGUGUCCCUGCACUGGGUCAGAUUCAGCUUCAGUGCCAGUAUGGGCUUGUUGGCACUGUCUUCUGUCACCAGCACCUUCUGCCAAACGGGAGCCCUUGUUAACAUCUUGGAUAUUGCUCCUCGGUACACUAGCUUUCUUCAGGGACUAUCGGAAGUCUUUGCAUACUCAUCAGGAGCCAUUUCUUCCACUGUUGCUGGAUUUUUAAUCAGUCAGGAUUCUGAGUUUGGCUGGAGAAAUGUCUUCUUGAUUGCAGUUUCUAUUAACAUGUCAGGCCUGGUCUUCUACCUCAUCUUCGGCCAAGCAAAGGUCCAGGACUGGGCUACAGAACAGACGUUCACUCAGCUCUGAGCAAAACGGAUGCGUCAGAUCCCAACGCUUAGCCAUUCGUUGUUUGCAGUCAUGGACAUUAUCCCUUAGUACCUGCUUGACUGGUUAGCCAUUUGAUUUGCAUUGACUGUUUCCAGUAUCUUCUCAGAGAGCUUGGCUGUGUAAUACUGAAGGUUCCGCCUGCAGAUGUUACGGUGGUGGGUGGGGGUUAGGGAAGGCCAAUUAUCUAACUGUGAGCUCUGGAAAGCAUAGGUGUGUCUGAAUUUCUAAGUGUUCUCCACUCUGCCCAUUUUUAUGACUUAAUAAGAAAUUAUCAAUAAGAAAUACAUAUUUAGUCUCUGCCCCUACUUUC